AUGGGGUCGGGGCCUGGCUGGGGCGUGCGCCCGCCAGGCAGGUCACCUGGGGAGCCGGGGGUCAAGGUCGGGGCGAGCCGGACUCGGGCGGGGCCGGGCUAUGGGCGGGGCCGGGCUCCGGGGGCGGGGGCGGGGCCGGGCCAGCGCGGGCUGCGGCGCCGGAACGCAGGGGCAGCAGUGAGCGCCCGGCAGUGUCAGCGCCACCAUGGGGCAGAUCGAGUGGGCCAUGUGGGCCAACGAGCAGGCGCUGGCGUCCGGCCUGAGGGACAGAAGUAUAUGACCGCUGUGGUGAAGCUGUUUGGGCCACUCACCAGGAAUUACUACAUCCGGGCCAUCCUGCACCUCCUGCUGGCGGUGCCCGCGGGCUUCCUGCUUGCCACCAUCCUGGGGACUGCCUGCUUGGCCAUUGCGAGCGGCAUCUACCUGCUGGCGGCCGUCCAUGGUGAGCAGUGGACCCCCAUCGAGCACAAGCGCCAGGAGCGGCCACAGGUCGGAGGCACGAUCAAGCAGCCACCCAGCAAUCCCCCGCCGCGGCCCCCGGCUGAGGCCCGCAAGAAACCCAGCGAGGAAGUGGCAGCAGCGGGCUCCCUGGGUGGUCCCCAGUCCAACCCCAUCCCGGUGACUGAUGAGGUCGUAUGACCAUCGCUGGACCGGUCGGCCUUGGCUCUGACCCACACUCCCCUGCACGGCCACCACCGGGCGGCCACACUUGAAACAAUAAACACAGAGAAUGCCCUGUG